GGCAGUAGCGAUCGUGCCACGGGCUAUUUCCCUUCCUUCCAUGCUACGUUAAGCUACGUUCCUUGUUGAUAACUCAGAAGCCUGCGAUGGUUCUUGAACAUGACAGUGAAUCUUCAGAGAGCAGCGAAGACACGGAGAGCUCUUCUCAAGGAAACAAUAAGAAGAAACCAGGAAAGAAGACAAGUUUAUCCACCCGCAUCAACAUCCUCGCUGAUUCCGGCGGUACCAGGUACGACCUCAAUAACGGCCGACUGAGAAAUACUGGUGGCAACACAACUUUUCAACAACGUCAUCCUGAUCUUGGCUUAGAAGCGUCGCAAAACCUCCGGCAGCAAGAACCGGUGGUCAGUCUCGGUGGGUACCACUACACCCUUAUGCCAGCUCCAAACUACCCUGGAGGGGCACCGUCUCCUAUCACCCAGUCACCCUCGCGACAAGGCGACGACGAUGAACAGGAUGUUUUACUUGUUCCUGUAACGCAGGAAAUUGCCGACAUGCUUGCACAUGCGCGUGAGGACCGCAUAGACCAACUGAUAUGCGAAAUUCUGGAGAAGCAAAUCGGACAACAGGAGAGGCAACUGCUAGGUCCACGUGUUCUUCAGGAGCAGCCAGCGGACCAACCAUAUUCCGCGUCUGUUUCCGUAAAUAUAACCCGUCCACCAUUGCCACAACAAAUGGGACAGUCAGCACCGCAGCAAUCAAUUCAACCGGCGCAGGUUGGAACACCGAUACGGGUACAGCUUGGUCAGCAAGAACAGCAACAGACGUUCCAGCAGAUACUGCAACCUCAACAACAGCAGAUCAUAUUUUCCGUUGGCCCUCAGGGGAGCGCUAUGAUACCUCCAGAGAUAAACGGUCCAGUGACUGCAGAGCCACUCCAUUCAACGUUUGAGGUCGCAGGUCAAAUGGUUGCGCAACAAGUAGUGUUGCAGCCCAUGUUCACACCGACCGGUCACCCAAUGGUACAACAACCGGGUCCACCAGUUCCACAGUUUUUCGUGCAACCAUGUUGUCAGCGACUGGGACAAAUAAUGCCCCAGCCAGUGAGCGAACCAGUUAUUCAAAGCGUCGCCCAACAGGCGUCUCAGUAUAUUUACGAACCAAUUAACCAAUACGUUGCGCAACCGGCGCCGCAGUUCAUGAAUCAGGCCAUCGCACAACAACAAAUCGGAGGAUUGGCGUUUCAGCCGAUGAGACAGCCUGUCUUCGAGCCGGUGGAUACGGCCCCAUGCGCGCAGAUGGACGCCACUACUUUUUGUGUGGGACAUAUUGUUACAUCUGUCAGCCAUGAGAGAAUGCCGGUGGGUCCACAGCAGAUGCAACAAGGUCCCCUGAUCGGCCAACAGAUGGUGGAGACGUUGCAAGUAAAUGACGGAGCAAUGCCUUUGUAUUCUCUGGCACAGCAAUUGACUGGAUGCCAGAUUACUCAACCAAUGGGGCAGCAGCCAAAUAUGAAUAUGGCCCAGGACACGUUCUUUAUAGGACCUGGAAUUCAAGAGCAAUUGUUCCAUGACUACCUGGUAGAGCCGAAGAAGAAGAAAAAGAAGAAGAAAAAAUCAAAAAAGGACAAGUCUAAAGCUGAGAUGAAAGAGUCACCACCUGUGUCACCCAUGCCUGAGAGGUAUCUUCAAGAGGAGUCCAUUCGAAUAGAAUUUUUCAACGGCUUGCCUCAGCCCAAGCUCUGCACGCUAUCUCUAACGGACGUCGGAGAACGUCCAGAACCGCCUUCUCCAGAUGAUGAUCUUCAGUACCGACGGAGCAGCUCAACACCGAAACCCAAACGGAAAAGCGAGCCAGUGCCCGCGAGCUGUACAUGUCGGCCAGCUGCUCCAGAUACUCCACCCAAGCAGUGCAUUAGAGAGAUGCAACCAAGCCCUCCUAACAUGACCGCGCCAAGAACAGAUGACUUGGGCGGCCAGCUAAUGAACCGUAGAUUAAGCCAGAGUCCCGGACAACAGGGCAACGAGCUCAACAAGCUUCGACAGAGUAAGGUUCUUGCACAACCGCUCACCAAAGGCCGUCGGGUGAGUCAGGCUCCUACACCGCAAAACGAAAAUGGCAUGCUGUGCCAGGGAUGUAAACUGGCCAGUGUUCAGGUUCCUGGUAACGAUACAAAAUACUUAGACAAGCAGAGCCGUAAGACAAGCGUGGCAAAGGCUCGACGAACUAGUCAACGGGAAGGAAGACAGGAUAAUGACAUAGGUAAUCAGAAAGAAGCCCAGAACAUUGGACCAUAUGGUGGAGUAUUUGGUGAGGGAAACAAGGAGGACAGUGUCGAGAACGAUGCUCUUCCUGCCGAGGUUGGUCGAGGUUCAGGGCGGGUGCCCGAGGCGCCGUUUGCACAAGCCCCUGAAGCGAUGCCCGUAUCACCUCCUCAACCGCAGCCCGGUCCUCCUGGUCAAGCUCCUCAACCUCCCGCUGCUCUGCCGCCGGACAUGAAUGGCAAUGCGGCAACGGGGAGUAAGGCACAAGAUAACAGUCAUAUGCCACCUGCUUGGGUGCUCAUCGGAGGCGCCGUCUUUGCGUUCAUACUCAUAGCUGUCAUAUCCUUUGUUCUUUAUGAUGUAACGUCAAAAGGUAAGAAGAGGAGGGAUACGAUUGAAAUGCUGCACACGGAACUCGUGCCACCUAAUUCUACUCAUCGUCCGGAUGAGCACCUCUGGAGGCAUCACCACCUGAAGCGACCGUCUAGACGUCGCCACAAGAGUCCACCUGACCACCUUUGGAAUUCCUGACGACAUGGCAAGACAGUGACAGGUCAUUCUGUGAACUUUUCCGAGUUUAUCAAGCUCAAAGUGCCCUGCAGAUAGAUUUCUCGGUUUAGUAAAACAGUCGUUCUCCUACUCA